UUGAGCUUGCCCACCACUGUUGUUUAGCUGAGAGCUAGUCGCCGUGUGCUAGCGAGGACAGUCCAGGUGUGGGUAAUUCCUCUGCCUCUCUUGAAUUGCAUGGCUAAAAUGUAAAAUCUCCGUAGAGGUUGGCCACUUCUUGAACACGUUGAGGAUUUAUUUAUUGAUGGAAUUUGAUUGUCAUUGCCAGGUGAUCAUUGCAUAGAUCUACACAGGACCAAUGUAUGAAGACACUGAUUCAUUGGAGCCAAGAGCCAAAACUUUCACAGUAAAAUGACAUAAACGGCCUCCCAAAUCUCUGAGGUGAUGUGCAGAAGCAUAUUGUAGGUAAUGUGGUCAGAGGGGAAAGGGAAUGCAGACUUGUCAGCUAUAGCUUGUAUGUGAGCGUGAUGCCCAGGCGGGGGUUGCCGCUCCAGGGCCGGGUCCGCUGGCUCUUCCUGGGGCUCUUCCUGCUGCUGGUGCUGCUGCUGUUCGCAUACCUGCUGGAGUGCACGCCUCCAGCAGACGUCAGCCUGGUCCUGCCCGGCCUAGCAGGAGAGACCUACGGGAAGGAGUAUUACCAGGCCCUGCUGCAGGAGCAGGAGGAGCGCCACCUGAACCGCGCUGCCAGUCUCAAGCGCCAGAUCGCUCAGCUCAAGCAGGAGCUGCAGGAAAUGAGUGAAAAGCUGAAGCUCCUGCAGGACAGGAAGGAGCUCCCCGGGGUGCAGGGCCUGACAGAGACGAAAGACCAAGAGCCGGGAGAUCUGCUGGAGUACCUGCACUCUCAGAUUGACAAGGCUGAGGUCAACACAGGGGCACGCCUGCCCAGCGAGUACGCCCUGGUGCCCUUUGAGAGUUUCACUUCCUCCAAGGUGUAUCAGCUGGAGAUGGGGCUGACACGGCAUCCAGAGGAGAAACCUGUCCGCAAAGACCGCAGGGACGAGUUGAUGGAGGUUGUCGAGGCCGCGCUGGACAUUAUCAACAACCCUGAUGAGGAGGACGGAGUGGAGGAUGAUAUGCCGUUGCAGAGACAAACCUACACAGAGGGUCACUUUACUGAGGGACUAUACAGGACAGAGCGGGACAAAGGGACACUUUACGAGCUCUUCUUUGCCAAAGAGGAAUCCAGCAGCUUCCGCCAUGUCACGCUCUUCAGGCCUUUCGGUCCCUUAAUGAAAGUCAGGAGCACAUCUGUAGAAACAUCAGGAAUGAUAAUUAACAUCAUUGUGCCGCUGGCGGGCAGAGUAGAAACUUUCUCACAGUUCUUACACAACUUCAGGGAGGUGUGCAUACAGCAGGACAGGCGAGUACAUCUCACGGUGGUUUACUUUGGGCGGGAAGGCUUACAGGAGGCAAAGUCAUCUCUGGAAAAAAUGUCAAGGGAGGAGAGCUUCUCCAAUUACACUCUGAUCCCAGUGGAUGAGGAGUUCUCACGAGGUCGGGGUCUGGAUAUCGGAGCCCACGCCUGGAAGAAAGGCGACGUCUUAAUGUUUUUUUGUGACGUUGACAUCCAUUUUACACUGGAGUUUCUGAACACCUGUCGCCUCCACGCUGCUCCGAACAAGAAAGUCUUCUAUCCAGUGGUGUUCAGUCUGUACAAUCCUGCCAUAGUCUAUGGAAAUUUGGAGCUGGCUCCACCCAUUGAACUCCAACUGAUUCACAAAAAGGAUGCUGGAUUCUGGAGAGAUUUUGGGUUUGGAAUGACGUGUCAGUAUCGCUCAGAUUUCCUAAAUAUUGGAGGGUUUGAUCUGGAAGUGAAAGGCUGGGGGGUGGAAGAUGUCCACUUGUACAGGAAGUAUCUUCGGAGCGACCUGAUAGUGAUCCGGACUCCAGUGUCUGGUCUUUUCCACCUGUGGCACGAGAAGCAGUGUGCGGACGAGCUGACGCCCGAGCAGUACCGCAUGUGCAUCCAGUCCAAAGCCAUGAACGAGGCCUCCCACUCUCACCUGGGCAUGCUGGUUUUCCGCGAGGAGAUCGAGGCUCACCUACGCAAACAGGCCUUCAAGACUCAGAGCAAAACGGAGGACUGAGCAACGUCAUUCCAACGUUAAGACUGAGGUGCUGACAAUACUAACGCAUUACAACAAAGACAUGUUUACAUGGAUCCUUCUGCAUUUCACCGCACUUCUGUAGACAAAUGAAUGUACAAAAAUGAACAUUGGUCAUUGUUAAACUUCACAAAAUGGUACAGCUCUCAUUAAAGAGCUACAGCAGUAUCAAACCCAAGUACAUGAUCCAAUUAGUAACAUUUGACCUGCUGAAGGAAAACUUACCCAUGUAGAACAAGUAAUGUAUCUGUUGGACUUAGGUUGACAUUGUAUUUUACAUAUUGCAUUCAUUUCAAUGAGCAUGCAGUUAUUAAUUCAUAAACUGGGAAGUAAUACUUAAACUUCUCAUUAAGCCAUCCUACCUGCUUCAAACAUAGCACCUGACUUAAAUGUCCACCUUCUCUGCUGCUGAGCUACCUGUCACUGCUGACUGUGAUGUCAGCCAAAGCAUUUCAGCUUUUUCAGAUGAUGUGUGCUUUCCAAAAAGGUGUCAAACAAGAUCGAAUGCCAUAAGCUGCCAAUGUUUAGAGUGGCUUUUUGAUUGGGGAAAAAAAAGGUUUACAGAUAGUAAAGUCUUAAUUAUAAAACUACAGAUUUACUGUUGAAAAAAGGAACGGUAAGAAAUUGCACUUUCUCAAAAUGGAAGUUAAAGAUAUGUUAGUUUACCCCACAAGAAGCAGUAAAUUUCUACUGAUUCUCAACUGUGUCUCUAGAUCAAAACAAUCUUUCACUUUAUACGGUAUAUUAGCUGUUGUUUAUGGAGCCAUACUGUUAUGUUAUAAAAUAGGUUGUUUUCAGACUGGCAAUGUGAUAAAAAGGGACCCUUGUUUUUUUGUGUGUGUGUUUCAUGUGAAAGUCACUAUUACUUACUUUGCUGAUGACAGUUUCCAAAUGAUCAGUUUAACAAAGAAGCAUGUUGAUAUAAUAGAGCAAAGAUCUGCUCAUACCAUGCAGCGCUUUGAUAUCAGGACUCUGUUAACCAGUAUUAUUGUCCAAAUAACAAAGACCUCUCAUUUAUGCCCAGUGAGAAUCUCUCACAGCACUAUGAUUCCUAGUACUGGAAUGAGAUUGAAUGUUACAGCCACUCUUGUAAAUACUUUUCUAAUUCAUUUGUUUCAUACACGUGACUUGAAAACUUCUGUCGUACGUGCCUACAUGCUUUUUAAGUGACAUGCAAUGUUUAGGAGAUCGCUCUGAAAAUGUUGGAAGCUGUGUCGACGGCCGUAGGCUUGUUCAUUUUAUUCCACUUCAUAAUGAGGGAGGAUGUUACAGCUGAAGAGUUCGGUCACAGAGGUUAGAGGUGUAAUGUUAAUGAGCACAGUUGUCAAGAGCUUAGCUAGAGCAGGCAAGAAGUGCUUUAUUUUUCUCACAAAGAAAGCAGGUUAUUCUCUCAUCUCAUCCUGUACAGUAAUUAUUUUUAAUCAAUGUUUUUGCAAAUAUUACAG